AUGGAUCUGUUUGUGGACUGUACGUCAAGUGCAGCAAGUAUCCUUCGAUCACUCACGGCCGUUCGGGAGACGACGCUCAAGCUUUGGGCAGCCAUUUGGCGCCCUGAAGAACUCAUAGGGGGAUGCUUCAUGCUCUUCCUAAUCUUCAACCUUGCUCAGCGGAUCGCGGACGAGCUACUCACCAAGUCUCCUAGCAUCCAACCCGUCGUCGAUGGGACGUCCAACCCCGACGAACACAACCAGCCUAUACCUCCCAUGCCUGGCGCAUAUCCGACCCUUACUGACGAACCUCACUCCGAGAGACGAGGCGCUAUGGACGAAUCCUUCGUGGACCUUCCUCUUGAGCACGAGCAAUUUUGCUGCAAGGAGGAUACGGAUAACAACAAGAACAAGGCAGGAUUGAACGAUGGUGAAGGAGACGGCGGACAGGGGAGACUCGGAGCCACCGCCACGGCCAAGGACUAUGAUGAGGGUAUAGGAGACAGAGAAUGCAAUAAUCUUCUCUUACCCACCCAAGAUGCCUCCGAAUAUGAUGCUGACAAUGAGUCUUCCUCCUCGGACGACUCUGACCACAGCUUCACCAGAAUACUCAGAGAAAUUUCACUCAAUUCAGGGGCCGUUAAGGCAUUCAGAAGCCCAUUCCAAUCAAACAACGGAGAAUUUGUCGGAGCCGGGGCUGAUGCCAACGAGACUACAGACACCCAUGUCCAACUCAUGCACGAUCAAACCCAAGCUUUCUCUUUUUGGGGUGCCGCCUGCAACGGACAAUGUAAACCUUCCAGCAGAUCCACACCUCUGGACUCGCCACCCGCCUCAGCAGGAACCUUCAGUCCCCAUAAAGCCGUGCAUGAAAGAAUCUGGGUCUGGGGAGAGCGACAGCGUCAGCAAGAUGUUGAAGGGAACAAGACGGACAGAGAACAGCAGCCAUCUGGGGACUCAAUAGAGAAGCGAGCACACCGCUGGAACGGGGAACGGAUGGAAUGGCUCGACAGGGAAGUAAGGUCUACCUUCCAAUUCCCAACCAACCUUCCUGUGGCCGACAUACUGGCCAACAUCAUCCCUGGAUUGGACGACAUCGGCAACAACACCAUCAGGCGAGUUCCUAGCUGCAUGGAUCGACUGACUUCGGUGUCAACCACCCAUCCUACCACUUCCCAAUCCCAAGACAAUCAAGCGGGUGCGAUCAUCGGCGACAAAGAGUUUCGCUUUCGACCCAUGGAAGAACAGGGCCGUCGCAAGUACGAGGUCUUCGGCAAACACCAGCUCUCCACCUUCUCCGAGCACGCGGCUCUUCUUGCCGAGCCCAUCCCGCAGCUCCCGUUUGAGUUCAGCCAAAUACUAUUUCCGACCAACAGACACAUUGGCACCAACGGCUGCGACAUGCUCAUCAAACUCCCAGAGCCGCGGCUUGAACAGACCAACAACCCGCUCCGAGCUCUCUUCAUCUUACACCGAAAGACCAAUGCGUUUCAGACGUGA